AUGGGGAAUCGGAUCGAAAAGGAAUUAAGAGUAGUAGGGGGAGAAGAUAUUGUACGCUUUUACUCACAUAGUAUAUCAUACAAUAAAGGGAAAAUGCUAUUUGGUAUUCUAGUUGCGCUAUUUCUGAGCGUUGUGUCAGCACACAAUGUUCUAUUGCCUCCACAUGGCCGCAGAUGCUUUACCGAGAAGCUAGGGAAAGGCGAUGAGUUGUCUAUUACAUUCCAAUUUGGUGACAGAGAUCCAGAAUCCAGCCAUCAAUUGACUGGUGACUUCACAUUGACUGGUGUUGACAGUAACACUUUGCAUAAAACUCUCAGAGAUGUAUCGCACGGUGAUGUUGUCUUCAGUGCCCCUCACUCCGGGAACUUCGAAUAUUGUUUCUCCAAUGAGAACUCUAACAUCAAGACCAAGGACGUUACUUUCAACAUGCACGGUAUUGUUUACGUUGACUUAGAUGAUCCAAACGCCAACACCUUGGACAGUGCCGUUAGAAAAUUGGCCAAGCUAACCAAUGAAGUUAAGGACGAGCAAAGUUACAUUGUCAUUAGAGAGCGUACCCACAGAAACACCGCCGAAUCCACCAACGACCGUGUCAAGUGGUGGUCUAUCUUCCAAUUGGGACUUGUCGUUGCCAACUCUUUGUUUCAAAUCUACUACUUAAAGAGAUUCUUCGAAGUUACCUCUUUUGUUUAA